AUGGAGAAAGAAAGUUAUAAAGACAAUGAUGAAGGAGGCCUCCUCUACCACAAACUCAAAAAGCUCAUCUCCGUAGUAGACGAGCUUAGAGAUGUUGGCUUACAACAAUACAUUAACUUGCCAAGAAUAGCAGUCCUCGGGCAGCAGAGUUCAGGAAAAUCCUCAGUCCUCGAGUCCAUAGUGGGAAUCGACUUUCUCCCAAGAGGAUCAGGAGUAGUCACUAGGAGACCUGCAGAGCUCAGGCUUGUCCACGUAGCCGAUGAUAACGCAAAGCCAUGGGCUGAGUUUGCAGAACUCAGAGGCAAGAAGUUCUAUGAUUUUGAUGAAGUAAGGCAAACAAUCGAUGUGUUGACCGACAAGAUCGCAGGAAAGAAGAAAGGAAUAGUCGAUAAGCCUAUUGUUAUUAGCAUCCAUUCCCAUACAUGCCCAGAUCUGACCCUGAUUGAUCUUCCUGGGAUCACCAGAAUUCCCCUGCAGGGCUCAGACCAAGGCAUGGACAUCGAAAAAGUCACGAAGAAGAUGGCAUUAAGAUAUGUGAAGGAUCCUAGGACCAUUAUCUUAGCUGUCAUCCCAGCUAACGCUGAUAUGACUACAUCUGAUGCCCUCCAGAUGGCAAGAGACCUUGAUCCAAAGGGAAUCAGAACCAUUGGAGUCAUCACCAAGAUCGACAUCAUGGAUAAAGGAACCAACGCCAAAAGAAUGAUCAUGGGCCAAGAAGUACCUCUAAGACUUGGAUAUGUUGGUGUUAAAAAUAGGUCACAACAAGACAUUACUGACAAGAUGAGAGUCUCUAAGGCUCUGAAUGAGGAGAAACUGUUCUUCUCAAGCCACAAGAUUUACUCCACAGUCCCAUCAGAGAAUUUAGGUACUGCUUCGUUGACCAAGAAAUUAACAAAAGUACUCUUCACACACAUUAAGAACUACCUUCCCCAAAUUGUCAAAGAGAUCAAUGUAAAAAGAAAAGAAGUUGAAGAAAGAUUAAGAGAGCUCGGUCCUCCCCUCCCAAAAGAGGGCGCUGAAAAAAUGCAGUUACUCUGGAACAUGGUCACAGAAUUUUGCACUAAUUUCAAGAACACUAUCGGUGGUCGCUACAUCAGCCAGCAAGACAAGACCACCAAAGGUGUCAGUGGUGGUGCCAGAAUCAAGCACUAUUACUACAAGAUUUACAAGGAGUAUAUCAACGGGUAUUCUGCAACCGAAGGAUAUUCGGAUGUAGACAUUGAAAGAGCCAUCAAAAUCCAUGAGGGAUACAGUAUGCCAGGUUUCCCCUCAGUUGAUGUGUUCAUCUACCUCCUACAGCCCCAGCUGAGCCUGCUGAAGGAGCCAGCAAUGGAGUGUCUUCAAGAUGUCUAUCUCUACCUCGAAAGUUUAGCUGACGAGCUUGCACACAGAGUUUUUUCCCGUUUCCCAGGAUUGAUUGGAGAAAUCCUCGAAGUUGUCUCAAGAUGCCUCCAAGAAGAAAGAGAUAAGGCUAAGGAAAUUCUUGAGUGCCUAAUAGACUCUGAAGAAGGGUAUCUCUUCACAAAUGACUAUGACUACCUCAUGAACAGGACAGAUAUCGUGCCCGGAAAUAAAGACGAGAAGAAACAUCUAAGCAGCACAACUGUCUUCGUGAUGGAGCUGAGACAAAGAAUCGAUGCCUACUUCAACCUGGUCAUUAGGAACGUCAGAGAUAGAGUGCCAAAAACAAUUGGGCACUUUUUGGUCAAAAAGUGCCAAGAUAAGAUCCAGUUCCACUUGUACUCAGAAAUCAAUAAGAACUCGAUGCUCAACAGUAUCCUUGGAGAACAUCCAAUGAUUACACAAGAGAGGGAUGACCUGAACAAGAGCCUUGAGGUAAUGAAGAGAGCUACCAAGGUACUCCAGAGAGACCCUGACAUUACCAAUGUCAUCUCCUUUGACGAUAAGUUAGAGAAAGAUCUUAGAGAAGAGAGUAAAGAUAACAGAGGAAGGCCUCCUCCACAGAACAGAUCCAGGCAGGCACCUCCAAGAGCAGCUGAAUCAGACAACAUGUCUAUUAGAUCCAAUGCAAGCUCUGGAGCUGGUGAAUUCCGCCCACCAGGAGGCGAUGGUAGCGCAUAUGACAGAUCAAAAAGAGAGACAAUGAAUCCUCACAUGGCCAGAGUUCAACAACCGCCUAAUAAUGCUCCACUUGCUCAGACCCAAGCGAGACCUCAGCAACCAAGGAACCCUGCUCCUAGGAACAACCAGCCAAGAAGUAAUGCUCCAUCAGACUUUGGAAACUUAUUCGGAGAUGGGGGAAAAUAA